AUGAAGCAGUACACAAUCUACACAUGCCCUCCUCAGCACUACACAAUCUACACAUGCCCUCCUCAGCACUACACAAUCUACACAUGCCCUCCUCAGCACUACACAAUCUACACAUGCCCUCCUCAGCACUACACAAUCUACACAUGCCCUCCUCAGCACUACACAAUCUACACAUGCCCUCCUCAGCAGUACACAAUCUACACAUGCCCUCCUCAGCAGUACACAAUCUACACAUGCCCUCCUCAGCACUACACAAUCUACACAUGCCCUCCUCAGCACUACACAAUCUACACAUGCCCUCCUCAGCAGUACACAAUCUACACAUGCCCUCCUCAGCAGUACACAAUCUACACAUGCCCUCCUCAGCAGUACACAAUCUACACAUGCCCUCCUCAGCACUACACAAUCUACACAUGCCCUCCUCAGCACUACACAAUCUACACAUGCCCUCCUCAGCAGUACACAAUCUACACAUGCCCUCCUCAGCACUACACAAUCUACACAUGCCCGCCUCAGCAGUACACAAUCUACACAUGCCCUCCUCAGCAGUACACAAUCUACACAUGCCCUCCUCAGCACUACACAAUCUACACAUGCCCUCCUCAGCACUACACAAUCUACACAUGCCCUCCUCAGCAGUACACAAUCUACACAUGCCCUCCUCAGCAGUACACAAUCUACACAUGCCCUCCUCAGCAGUACACAAUCUACACAUGCCCUCCUCAGCAGUACACAAUCUACACAUGCCCUCCUCAGCAGUACACAUGA